AUGCAGCACAAGGGUAUCAAACCUGAGGAGUGUGACUUAUGUGGGAAGAAGUUCCCCACAAAGGGCCUUUUGACGAACCACAGAAGAACUCACUUCAAGGAGAAGGCCUUCAAAUGUGAACUGUGCGACGAAGAAUUCAUGAGAUUGGUCACUCUGAAGAAGCACGUCAAGUACGUCCACGGCCACGGCACCAACGGGAGAGUCCCCCCGAUCUACGACGACCGGCCGAGCAGGAAGCCUUACGGGGAGUCUAAGCCGUUCGUGUGUGACGAGUGUGACGUGACUUUUACCAGCAAUGGGAAGUUCCUUGCCCAUCAGCAGACUCACCGCCCCAACAAGCAGUUCAAGUGCGACGAUUGCGGCAUGUGUUUCGCCAAGAGUUAUACCCUGGAAGUGCACAGGCGAAUGCACACAAGUGUCUCUCCAGUUAUCCAGGCUUCGCCAGUGCCCGUCAACUCCAUGACCACUAUAGCAUCUGUCACCCCAGUUUUGACGAUACCGGCAACCGUCAGCGUUCCGCAGACUUCAAAUAAAAUCACGGCGUACGUCAAGGUUCCUCAGCGUCCCAUAGCUGUCAAACGAGAGCCUCAGUACAACGACCCUCUAGCCAUGGCCACAGCUGCGGCCCAGGUGACUCCUGACUUGGUGGAGAGCCUGACCUUGCCGGAACAGCACCAUCCGUACAACUACCAUUACUCGAGCCAAGGCAAGACCAUGUAUGCCACCAAAUAUCGAAAGUGA